AUGUCGGAGGAGGAGAAGGAGAUGGAGAUGGUGAACCCUUGUGCAAAGGAGGAUUUCAAACCUUCAAAUCCAGCCGAGGAGAUGGAGAGGGUGGUUGUAACAAAAAAUAAUCAUCAGAAACUUGAUUCUCAUGGAAGGAAGAACAUCAUUUAUCUGCGGAGCAGGUUUGAUUAUAAUAUCAACAAAUGGUUUAAGGUUCCACUUCCUCCAUUUCGUCUCAUUCUUCUGAGAUUUCGUGGGAUCACCUCUUUGAUGAUCCAAAAUAUCCCAAAUCGAUUAAGUAGGAAAAUGUUGAUUCAAUUGCUAGAUGAGCAUUGCAAAGAAAAGAACAAGGUCAUAUUGGGAUUCAAGAUUAAUCCACCAACUCCUCCCUCUGAAUAUGAUUUUGUGUAUCUUCCUAUGGAUUUCAAAUCCAAUCUGAAUAAGGGAUAUGCGUUCGUAAACUUCACGACUACUGCUGGAGCUUUUCGGUUCUUUAGAGCGUAUGACAAGUACAAAUGGGAUCUUUUCCAGACAAGGAAGACCUGUGAGAUUGAUUUUGCUGAAAUUCAGGGAAGAGAAGACUUGGUGAAGCAUUUCAUGAAAUCCAAUUUCAUAUGUGAUUCAAAGGACUACUUGCCAGUGCAGUUCUUCCCUCCUCGUAAUGGAUUGUCGUCUCAAGCUACCAGAGUAAGUGUUGUUGGAAGACGAUGUGUUCCUCCUCUUCAGAAGUGUAAGUAA